AUGGAGAGGCAGAACAGUCACCAAGCAACUUAUUCUUCCCAACACCCAUUUGUGCACACGUUGAAACUGACCAGGGCGCAGUUAAUACGGGGCAUGGUGUUGGGCUCCAUCCUCGUCCCCAUACGAGUCUUUCUGGCUGUCCUCUGCUUCCUGAUCAUGUGGCCUAUUGCCCGGCUCCGAUUGGCUGGCCUCUCAGAGGUGGAACGGUCCCGGCCAGUAACGACUGGGUGGAGGAGAUGGUUACUACACCCCAUCAUCUGGUUCCUUAGCCGGGCAGUGUUUUUCUUCCUGGGGUUCUUCUGGUUCCGGGUCAAAGGUUGUAGGGCGGGGCAUAAGGAGGCUCCUGUGCUGGCAGUGGCACCUCACAGUAGCUUCCUGGAUAUGUUUGUGCUGACGGAAACCCAGCUGCCUACGGUGGUGUCUAGAUCGGAGAACCAAAGCAUUCCCUCUAUAGGGGCUCUCCUGGAGUUUAACCAGUCAGUGUUGGUAAACAGGAAGAAUCCAGAAUCCAGGAAACGGGCUGUCGUUCAGAUCAAAGAGAGGCUCACCUCCAACGGCUACUGGCCACAGAUGCUGAUGUUCCCAGAAGGCACCACUACGAACGGCACCACUCUCAUAAAGUUCAAACCUGGUGCCUUCCUGGCUGGAGUCCCAGUCCAACCUGUUCUGCUGCACUACCCCAACAAACUGGAUACUGUGCGCUGGACCCACAGGGGAACUACCUGGGUUGAGGCAUUGUGGCACACCUGCUCUCAGCUCUACACUAACGUUACUGUUGAGUACCUGCCAGUAUACACCCCCUCCCAGGAGGAGAAGGAUGACCCUAAUCUGUAUGCAGACAAUGUCCAAAAACUCAUGGCCAAGACCCUGGGCAUCCCGGCGACAGACUAUGUGAUGGAGGGGCGUGUUCCUACCAGAAAACUGGGAGGGCUCUCCCUCCCCCUAGAACCCCCUGCCAGAGAAACUCUCUCUCUGCUGCACCAAGACGGUCUCAGAGAGUCCGAGGUGGAGGCAGCACUGAGUAAGAUGAUUGACAGGUGUCAGUCAGAACAGGGUUGGAGGGCUGGUGUGGAUGAGCUGGCCCCACUCCUGGGACUGACAGACAGACAGACUGCUGCUAAGAUCUGUGGACUCUACUCCAAGGAUGACAUCGUGGACCUUAGACAGAUCUAUUUAAGUGUGACAUCAGUCUCUGGGCUUCUGGGAUUUAAGUCCCUCCUUCACACUGCAUUCACUCUGUAUGACAGAGAGUGUAGUGGCAGUCUGACUGCAGUGGACGUGUCUGACCUGAUGGGGGCGCUAGUGGGGAGUCCUCAGUACCACACAGAGGAACUGUACACUGAACUGUCCUUGAGAGGAGCGCCCACCGAACAAGAGCUGUUCAGAGUGCUGACCACCCACCCCACCUAUCAGAAACUGAUCAGCGAGUACUUCACACCUGAGGGGGUGAAGUCCACACCACCAUCCUCUCCUCUGACCAAAGGGAAGGCGGGGAACAACAAUGCAGGAUUGCCUAGCAACAACAGAACGGCCUUGCCUUACAAAACGGCUGACAACGGCUCUCCUCUGCCCAGUAAGAAGAACGACUGA